AGCAUAUACAAUAAGAUAAAAUUAGUUCGAACGAACCAUGCGGUUCGUUAACUAUUUGACCAUACCAGCACCUACCCACUGGUGGAGAAGUAUUUUAUUUUUCGCUUGUUCAUCCUGAACAUUUCUGCAGACGUGCAUUUACCCAUGGCGGCAGUAUUGCAGUUUACUGGGUCGCUGUCGACCUCUGAUCCAAAGACUCACCCUGUGCUUAUUGUUGGUCAGUUGCCGCACCUGAAGCUUAUCCAGUAUGCGGAUGUGAGCUCAAAGCUUCAGCCAAGAGUGGACGAAGAUACUUUUAAUGCUGCUGUGUCGAGUCUUAGUCCUUCACCUACAGACACCUGCUCCCUCUGGCUAAACAAAGCCACUGUUGCCGCUCUUCCACUGUCAUGCAGUCGCCACAACACCCCGUCUCGGUCCCAUGCAUUUGCCAAACUUGUCAAGGCGUGUUAUGCUGGAGGAGAUGAGUAUGUUGUGGUGGUGUGUGAGCGUCGUGACACCUUUGCCCUGGCGGCAGCUGUGGGACGUACACUGCCACUGUUCAGUGCUAAGAGCAACUCAUCCUGGCAGUCUCGCACUGUAACCGUGGAGUUCUUGAUAGUUGGUGAUGACCCUCGACCCCUUGAGGACGCGGAUAUCAAGUGCCUUGAGGACUUGGCUUUCAGUAUUCGGCUCACUGCCAAAAUUGUAGACAUGCCCUGCGCUGAUAUGCACACUGAUGCCUUCUUAGUUGAAGUUCGUGCAAUAGGAAAAGAAUUGGGUAUCGAGCCCAAAAUUAUCCAAGGAGAAGAUUUACUGAAAGAGGGGCUUGGAGGUAUCUACAAUGUUGGCAAGGCAGCUGAGCACGGCCCUGCCUUGGCGUAUCUGAGUUUCCAUCCACCUGGAGCCACGAAGACCGUGGCCUGGGUCGGGAAGGGGAUCGUGUUCGACACUGGAGGUCUCUGCAUCAAAGACAGGACUGGCAUGUGUGGCAUGAAGACAGACUGCGGGGGAGCCGCAGGCAUGCUUGGGGCCUUCUAUCUAGCUGUGAAAAUGGGCUUCAAAGAAAAUCUGCAUGCACUGUUCUGCUUGGCUGAGAAUGCUGUGGGACCGAAGGCCUACCGCCCUGAUGACAUUAUAACAUUGCACUCAGGAAAGACUGUGGAAAUCAACAACACGGAUGCAGAAGGCAGACUAGUGCUGGGUGAUGGUGUUUCAUAUGCACAGAAGGAGCUGAAAGCAGACAUUAUUGUUGACAUGGCAACUUUAACUGGUGCCCAGGGAAUAGCUACAGGCAAGUACCAUGCCAGCAUUCUCACCAACAAUGAGGAAUGGGAGCAGGCCUGUGUAAAGGCCGGGCUUGUGUCAGGUGACCUCGUGCAUCCCGUGCCAUACACACCCGAACUCCACUUCUCAGAGUUCAACAGUUCAGUAGCUGACAUGAAGAACUCUGUAGCAGACCGCAGCAAUGCCCAGGUCUCGUGUGCAGGGCUCUUCAUAGGCUCUCACAUGGGCUUUGACUACCCAGGCAUCUGGCUUCACGUGGAUAUGGCCUCACCAUCGCAUAUUAGUGACCGGGCCACAGGCUAUGGUCCAGCUUUACUGAACACGCUGUUUGGAGGGAAGUCCAGUAGUGCUUUACUGCAAGCCAUCGCCCCACCCACUGGUAUAUGGAACUAGAAGAACAAUAUGGCCUAGAGGGAUAGGAGUAUUGGGAUGUAUUGUUAAUUGCCUUAACUUAACUUAUGUCAGUGUAUGGUCUUGACAUUGAACCACCAUCUUAUUUAUGAUUUCUCUGGGACAUUUUGCACCUUGAUUGAAACUUAAUUUGCACAAAUAUUUUAUAUUAUGUUGAUUAUAAUUAUUGUUGUGAUAAAACGUUAGUUGAAGGUCAUCAUAUCUUGUACUGUUACUAUUUAAAGAAGUGCUGUCUAAAUGUAUGUUCUUGUUAUGAUUCAAACAAAAGUAAAAAUAAUCAAAUCAUUUUCAUUUUUGGUAUGUUCUUUAUAUUAAAAUAUGUAGAAAUGUUUGUACAAGCAAUUGGACUUCAGAUUAUUAUAUUAUAUUUAUUAAAUAAAUAAAAAUAAGGUAAAUUGUUUUCAAAAACAUUCUGGCACCCCAAAACUAUGAAUCUAUCCAUUUGAUAUGACUUCUGUGAUACUCUUGAUAAACUUAUGUACUAAAUAAUAAAUAUGUUAAUUGUACACUAUGCUUAGUCUUGCUUCAUAAACAGAAAUAAAAGCAAAUUGUUCACA